AUGAAGUUCUCUCCUAUUGCUUUUACUAUCGUCUUUGCCGUCUUUUCUCAGGCGCAACAAAGCGAGGUCUCCUCUAUCAAAGACGCAGCAUCCUCUGCCCUUAACAGUGCCACCGGCAUUAUCUCCUCUGCAAAAGGCGCAGCGUCCUCUGCCGCAGGUCAAGCCACCAGUAUCGUCGAGAGCGCCCGUGGUUCCAUCUCCAGUGCUAUUGGGAGCAGGACCGGGAACGCUGCCUUGACUCCUACUAGCACCGAGGCUUCUCCAUCUACGCAUACUAAUACUGCCGCGGCCGCCAGUAUCAGCAGUAAUAUUGCCAGAAUCAGCUCUGAUAUCCAGACUGCAAAGGGCGCCGUUUCCUCUUCUCUUCAUUCAGCUCUGGCGUCGGCUAGCAGCGCUCUUGCGAGUGCCAAAGCAAGCGCGACCGCAUCUGCGACGACUACAAGCACCUCUAAAGCCGCAGGUGCCAUGCCUACUGCUGCCGUUGCCAUGGGAGCCCUUAUGGGCGGCGCUGCCGUUCUCGUUAAUAUGUAA